AGGGGGGAAGCUCUGAUAUUGUACUCUCGCACUUGGAGCUGGGCUAGAGAACACCUCAUAUCCCAUAAACAAAGGGAUUAUGAUUUAAGGAUCUGGAAUAUACACUCCGGAGCCAUUGUGAGUGACGAGGAAAAGACAGAUCUUUGAAUAAACUGGACAAAGUUUGAAAUGCUGAAGCCCGGUGACCCCAGCGGAUCUGCUUUCUUGAAGGUAGAUCCAGUCUACAUUCAGCACUGGCAGCAGCUUUUCCCGCAAAGCCAACUAAAGACCGGAGCUCUGAGUCAGCUGCAGCCACACGAGAGAGCAGAUCUCCCGGUAGAAAGUCUCCGCCAGCGCCAGACCUCCAUCUCCUCCGCCUCCUCCUCUGCUUCAAUCCCAUCAUCGGCGUCCUGCACAUCCACCUCGUUAGCAGGGUUAACCCAGCUGUCUGUGCCCCAGAUUGCACUUUUUGGACACUCGCAGUGCCCCGAAAUCCCCACAUCAGUACUCAGUGGUCAAAGCAAAGAGCUGUAUUCAUUUUCCCAGUGUAAAAACGACAGAGGACCAAGAAUUAAAUUCACCCCCGAGGAGUUAGACUACUACCUCUAUGGACAGCAGAGAAUGGAAAUUAUUCCUUUGAACAAUCACACCAGCGACCCAAAUAACCGUUGUGACAUGUGUGUUGAUAACCGGAAUGGUGAGUGCCCCAUGCACGGCCCCCUGCACUCGCUGCGGAGACUGGUGGGAACAAGCAGCUCAGCUGCCUCCGUCCCCCCACCAGAGAUCCCCGAGUGGCUGCGGGAUCUUCCCAGGGAAGUGUGCCUUUGCACCAGCACCGUGCCAGGACUGGGAUAUGGAAUCUGUGCGGCACAGAGGAUCCCGCAGGGCACAUGGAUUGGUCCCUUUCAGGGAGUUCCACAGCUGCUGGACAAACCCCAACCUGGAGUUGGGAGGAACUCACGACACAUGUGGGAGAUAUAUGACCAGGAAGGGACAUUACAGCACUUUAUCGAUGGCAGUGAGCCCAGCAAGUCUAGCUGGAUGAGGUACAUCCGCUGUGCAAGGCACUGUGGGGAACAGAACAUGAUGGUGGUUCAAUACAGAUCAUGUAUAUUCUAUAGAGCGUGCAUGGACAUCCCCCGUGGGACAGAGUUGCUGGUAUGGUACAAUGACAGCUACACAUCCUUCUUUGGAAUUCCACUGCAGUGUAUCGCACAAGACGAAAAUUUGAACGUCCCUACAUCUGUAAUGGAAGCAAUGUCCCAUCAGGAGACACUACAACCCUUUACCAAGACUAGCAAAGGUCCUUCCUCAGUGCUGCUUCGCUCCAUGGUCUUCCCACACACCUCGUGCACUAGAAGCUUCUCACUUUUGGACAAGCCAGGCCAAGUAGAAUCUGGGUUUAACCAAAUGAAUGGCAAAAACCAGCGGGUCCUUGCAAGUCCUACUUCAACAAGCCAACUGAGCUCUGAGUUCAGUGACUGGCAUCUCUGGAAAUGUGGUCAGUGCUUUAAGACUUUCACCCAGCGUAUCCUCCUCCAGAUGCAUGUGUGCACACAGAACCCAGACAGGGAGAGCAAGCCUGGAAUCACCUGUCUGAGGAGUUCAAAUUGGAAACAAAUGUUGGUGUAUACUCCAGAUGGAAAUCUAUUUCAGCCUUACCAGUGCGGCCACUGCUCCCAGUCCUUUUCCCAGCCUUCGGAACUCCGAAAUCAUGUUGUCACCCAUUCGAGCGACAGACCUUUCAAAUGUGGCUACUGCGGUCGCGCCUUUGCCGGAGCGACAACCCUCAACAACCACAUCCGUACACACACUGGGGAGAAGCCAUUCAAGUGCGAGAGGUGUGACCGGAGCUUCACGCAAGCCACCCAGCUGAGUCGACACCAGAGGAUGCCCAACGAGUGCAAGCCAUUAAUGGAGAGCACAGAAUCAAUUGAAGUGGAUUAACUGAUUGACUGGCUGGAAUUAAACUGCAAGGAAAGUCAUGAUUAAAUGUCACGGACAGUUAAGCAAAACCAAAGAUUUCCUCUGAGCAACUUUCAAUCCGUCCCAGAAAACCAAAAGCAGUAAUAAAAUGAGUAAGAUGUUAAGAGACAUUGAUCCCGGCAUGAAUGAGAGACCUGGGGGAAAAAAGAAGAGAUUAUUUAUUUAUGACUAGGGAUCACAGUACUUUCAGUGGAUAUGAAAUCUGGAACUGCACAGAUUCCCAAGUCGCUCGAUCUCCAUUUAUUUCCGAAAGCCUUUCCUACCAUUGUAAUACCAAAGCUAGAAGAAUAUUUGGGUAAGACUAGUGUCUACAUUAUUGACUGAGAAUGCACAAAGACCUUCUUCUUUUGGUUGCACCUUUUUUUAAGCAUGAUUUAAAAAGGGUUCACAAGAUGGCCCUUUUUUGUUUUGUCUUGAUGUGGAUAUCAUUAAAACACAUGUGAUGUUUGGACACUGAUAUGAAAGAGACAUUGAACCGAACACUCAACUGUAAAAUACAAAACCAAAGGAUAUUUAACUAACUUCCAUUGCUCUUGUAUAACGUUUAGUGCACUUUUUAAUAAUGUUGACUUUUUUUUUUUUUUGGUAAAAGUAAACAGAGUAGCUGGCCACAUGAAUGUAUAUCAUUGGUGCAAAGUUCUGAUUUAAAUAAUUGUGUCAAAACAUACUGACAUGUAUUUCCUCAUGUGCAAAUGAAAGUAUUUCUACUAAGAAUGGAAAAUGUUGACUAUCAAGAUGCCAAAGUACAGAUUCCAAGGAACUGUUUUGCUUAUAUCAAAAAUAUACUAAUUCAAUCCAAAACAUAUUGAUCCACACUCUGUCCAUUUUUCCAAGAACCCAUUCCAGGUAACUAAGUUGGGCCCAGCAAUGACACGUUGAUAGAAUUGAAUAGGAAAAAACUUGGCUAGAAGUCAAAAUGUGCUAACUCCAUAUUCUUAAUAAAGGAGUUGUAUUAUAUUUUGUUGUGUUUGUAAAGUUUCCACCCAACUAUUUCAAGAAUAAUGAAACUGUUUGUACUGUAACUUGCAACUAAGUUGUUUCUGGUCAUUUUUACAAUAAAUUAAAAUUGAAACAAA